AUGACAGAAGAAGUGGAGGCUCCACAAGUUUCUGUUAAUUUUUUCGGCGAAGAUGGAAAAGAAUUGGGAGGAGCUGGAAUUUUGGUUCCGAUUGAUAUUUCAACAAACGAAUUGCAAAUUUUAUGUAAUCAGUUGUUAGAGAACAGGUUAGUUAUUUCUUCAUAGAAUUACUUUAUAUAGUUGCUUUAACAAUUUCAGCGAAGAUCCUGUUCCUAUUUCAUUUUUUACCGACGAUGGAAUUGAGAUUCGAGAUUCAAUUCAAAAAUCAGUUGAGAAAAUCGACUUCGAAAAAACACUCAAACUCGUUUAUCAACCACAGGCUGUUUUCCGAGUUCGACCAGUUACAAGAUGUUCAGCAAGUAUUCCAGGACACGGAGAACCUGUUAUUUCAGCCCAAUUUAGUCCAGAUGGAAAAGGAUUAGCAAGUGGAUCUGGUGAUACAACUGUGAGAAUUUGGGAUAUUGAAUUAGAACUCCCAAAAUAUACAUUGAAAGCACACAAAAACUGGGUUCUAAGUAUUGCAUGGUCACCAGAUGCAUUGAAAAUCGCAUCAGCUUGCAAAAAUGGCCAAAUCAAUAUUUGGGAUGCUAAAACUGGAGAACAAAUAGGAAAAACAUUGUCAAGACACAAACAAUGGGUUACAAGUUUAGCGUGGCAACCAAUGCAUAAAGAUGCAACUUGUCGAUUAUUAGCUUCUGCUGGAAAAGAUGGAAAUAUUUUCAUAUGGGAUGUUAUCAAAGGAGCAGUUGUUAGAUGUUUGAGUGGCCAUACAGCAUCUGUAACAUGUAUCAGAUGGGGAGGUGAAGGUCUUUUAUAUUCUGGAUCACAAGAUCGAACUGUUAAAAUGUGGAGAGUUGAUGAUGGUGUUAUGUGUAGAAGUAUGGGUGGACAUGCUCAUUGGAUUAAUACACUUGCUCUUAACACUGAUUAUGCUUUGAGAACUUCAUGUUUUGAGCCUAGCAAACGUUGUAUUCGUCCAGAAACACUCGAAGAAUCACAAAAAAUUGCACAAGCUAGAUAUGAUUUGGCAAUGAAAACAGCUGGAGGAGAACGAUUAGUUAGUGGAUCAGAUGAUUUCACAAUGUUUUUAUGGAAUCCAACCGAAACAAAACAAUCAGUUGCUAGAAUGACUGGACAUAUGCAAUUAGUUAAUCAAGUUGUUUUUUCACCGGAUACUAGAUAUAUUGCUUCGGCAUCUUUCGAUAAAUCUGUGAAAUUAUGGUGUGGAAGAACUGGAAAAUAUAUCGCUUCAUUGAGGUGAGUUCUAAUAUUAUUCACGAAUUAAACAAAAACAUUAUUUUUCAGAGGUCAUGUUGGUCCAGUCUACCAAGUUUCAUGGUCCGCUGACAGUCGAUUAAUUGUUUCUGGUUCUGCUGAUUCAACUCUCAAAGUAUUCGAACUUCGCACAAAAAGUUUAUACUAUGAUUUGCCUGGUCAUGGAGAUGAAGUUUAUACAGUUGAUUGGAGUCCAGAAGGUACAAAAGUUGUGAGCGGUGGAAAAGAUAAAGUUCUAAAAUUGUGGAGACAAUAG